AUGUACAUACAUACACAUGUACGUACAUACACACACGUACACACACACACAAAGACACAUGUACACACACACAUACAUGUACAUACACGCAGACACAUGUACACAUGUACGUACAUACACACACAUACACACACACCCUAUAAAACGUUGCAGUACUUCGUUGUUCACGCACAGAUCCGGGUACUGCACUCUAGGGGGAGGCAGAGAGAACAGCACACACUCCUUCCUUUGCUUUCACUGCGCUAUUGAGCAGUCUGACGGCUCCCAGUGCCAAUGGCAGAUCCAGCCUGAGCUCCGGGCCUGCUCGGCAAGACGGCCCUGGGGGACACACUCGCCCCCCACCAUAAUUUCCACUCACCAUUGGCAAGCAGGCGAGUGGAAAUUUCAAGGUCUGGUAUAGAGG